CGCCCACGGUGGAUUUUAGAGGCCAAAGCAAAGGAACUGCCUGAUCAUCAGCUUCAUACACACACACAGAAAAAAACACACACACCCACGCCGGGAUAAAAACCUGGAGGACCCAGAGUUUCCACAGAAGAAGCAGCAGCUCCAAACCGAGUCUGACAGAGACGUUCUGACAGAGGGAAACCAGUGAAGGAUGUGUGUUCCUGGACGGUCCAUCACACUGCUGCUGCUGCUGCUGCUUCACCUCUUCGGCACAGCUACCUCAUCCCCCGUUUCCAUCCACACCCGAGCGCCACCUCUCCCCGCGCAAAUUCUACCUCCGUCGCCACUUCCAGCCAUCCUCCCGUCUCUGCCCCCCCCUCCGGUCAGCCGCCCACCCCCGAAGCCCACCUCGGUCGGCGACCCGGCAGACUCCUCCUCAGACUGCCCCCUGAAGAUGUCGCCCUCGGCGCUGGUGGUCCGGUUUGGAGAUCCAGUCACGGUGAACUGCUCUGCAGCACGGAUUGGAUUUCCUCUCCUGGGCUGGGAAGUCCCGCUGGAGGCUCCUCCCGCCACCACGGGGCAGUACGUGGUGUGGAGCGUGCCCAGCAUGACGGAGUGGAGCAUCAAGCCCGCGUGCUACGCCCUCUCCGAGGAGGGAGGGCAGUGCGACAUCGACCUCGUCGUCACAGUCUACCAGCCUCCAGAGCGAGUGUCCCUCAGCCUGGUCAACCACACGGGGCCCCUGCUGGAGGGCGAGCGCUACACCCUGCAGUGCACCGUCCACAACGUGGCCCCGGUGGAAAAGCUCGCCGUGACCUUCUACAGCGGCGGCAGGGCGCUGGCUCGCCUCCGGUCCGGCAACAACACCGAGAAGACGCCGGUGACAAAGGUCUUCACUCUGGACAUCAGCCCCGGCAAGGCCGACGACGGCGCCGAGUACCGGUGCGAGGCCCGGCUGGACCUGGGCCCCGAAGGACCUGAGCAUCCUCCGGUGGUGGCGUCCAAACCGCUCGGCACCGCGGUGCUCUUCGGUCCUCAGCUCGACUGUCCCACCAAGCUGAGGGUGAGAGAAGGCGAGAGCCUCAACUGCGAGGUGGCGGGAAACCCUCAGCCGGUGGUCACCUGGUACCGAGACGGCCAGGUGGUGGCGCUGCCCGCCCGCUCAGACAGAAAGCACGCUGGGAAAUACACCAUCUGGACCAAAGGCCUGCUGGGACAGAAAAACUUCACCGUGGAGGUGGAGGUUCUCGAUAACAGCGGAACUUCAAGUAUCUGCAAUCAACAUUUCAUAUUGGCUGUUUCUCUUAUUCAGACGAUAUUCUGGCUGUAAAGUUAAAGAAAAGAA